GCGUCCGGAUCCUUUGGAUAUUGGUCGUUGGUGAAACCGGACUGUAAUUAAGAAUGCACUGACUGAUGUCGGUUGUUGUAGCAACCGCCUCACAGCGUGGGCAUUUUACAUUUUAUCUGUAGUUGGUUGUGUUGGUAGUAAUAGAAGCUAAUUGAAAUAUUAGUUGUAACGAUAUGUUCGCAUUUUUCUGCGUUUAACGUCGCGCAGUGUUUUUGUUCACCUUGGAUAUAAGUUGUGUUAGCCUCACGGUCAGACUGCAGCGAAGUGCUUACAUUAGUUGAGCAAAACACGCUAACCUCAAUUCUUAAAUUGCAGUAACGUUGCAUUUUAGUAUACUCGUUGUCUGAUUAAGUAAUUAGUUACUCAGCAUGUCGGCUGUCAGCAGCCUCGUCCCUGCACGGUUCUUGACUAUCACAGCUCACCUUGUCAUCGUCAUCACAAUAUUUUGGUCGAGGGAAAACAACGUAAAGGCUUGCUUGCCUUUGGAUUUCACGCAAGCGCAGUAUGACGAUGAAGACAGGAAGUUGGUGGUGGCAUUGGCAGUCACCCUGGGUCUGUUUGCUAUAGAAUUGGCUGGGUUCUUCUCAGGAGUGUCCAUGUUCAACUGCAGCCAAGGUCUCCUGUCAACAGGAGUCCAUGCCAGUGCCUCAGUUGCUCUGCUUUUCUUUCUAUUUGAGCAGUGGGAGUGUGACAUCUACUGGUGGAUCCUUGCCAUUUGCAGUGUGCUACCUGCUUUUGUGGAGAUUCUUCUGUUUAUAGCUGUUUUUGGACUGAAGAAGAAGCCAUUGUGAAAGACUAAAUGCUACAAAUUAGUGUGGACGUGGACAUCUUUCUCACUGUAUCAACAAAUACUGUCGCUACAGAAGGUCUGUGAUUCAAUAAUAAUGUGCAGAGGAAUGAACUAGAAACCUUGUUUAACUGUGCACACACUGCACCAACAAACAAAAGGAUAUACAAGCUGCUCUCUGUCCGUAUUGUUUUAAAAAAAUAUAUAUAUUUUUAUACAUUUUUAAUGAAAUAGAUUAAGAAAAGGCAGUCACUUGCUAGUGCUAAUUUGUCAGUAAAUGUCGAUGUGGUUUUCUAUUCUCAGUUUAUUUGUCAUUUCCAUGCAAAGUCUUAGAAUGCUAUUGUAAUCCAAUAUACAUUUUGAACAAAUUCUUUCUUAAACUGGU